AUGAAAUACUUAAGGUUACUCGGAAGCAAACAAACACUACUACACAGCCCCCAUAUAUAAUCCACAUUUUGAUGUACAUAUCAUAGACAUUCACUUUGCAAGACCAAUAUCUCUCAACCAUUAUUAAUUUACUAUAUUGAAUGAUGGCAUCCCACACUACUCUUGAAGAAAAAUUUGUGGAGCUACAAAAAGCAGAGCAAACACCCCAAAAUUCACAACCAAAGAUACAAAGGGUGGCUGAGCAUCUCAGAAACCGAAACAUUUUUGAAAAGCAUUACUCACCCAAGUUGGUAUCAAUAGGUCCAAUCCAUCAUGACAAUGCAAAUCUGAAGUUAGGAGAAAAGUACAAGCUUAUGUGGGCGGCAAAAUACAUCCAAAACACUGCACACAUUCCACAGAAUCUACACAAAAAGAUUGCAGAUAACAUUGAUGAACUGAAGGGUCAUUUUGCCGACAAUGUUUUAACUUUAACUGGUACCGGUGAGUCUCUAAAAGGCUUUAGUAGCCUUGAAGAAAAGUUGUCAUGGAUGUUGUUCGUGGAUGGAUGUUCUCUGCUAUAUAUCUUGGACAAAGCUAAGCUUGAUAAUCCUAAACCUAUGAAUAUUAAGGUUGACCAACUGGUUCUUGUGGUGAUGGAUGUGCUUUUAUUGGAGAAUCAACUUCCUUAUCUAGUACUCAAGUUGUUGUGGAAAAAUGACAAUGAGAUUGAAUUGAUAGAUACCAUGAAGAAAUUUCUUGAAUGUCAUCAUUGGACCACACCAGAAGAUAAUAAGAGGUCCUCUAGGUGGUGGUCAUGCAUUCAAGAGAAAUGUUUUCCAAACAUAAAGAGAAAAGAAGUGCAACAAGAGGGAAGAAGUGCACAUAAACAUUUUAUUGUGAAAUUAACAAAUGAUCAGUCACAGUCAGAGUCACCAACUCAUCUGCUUGAUCUUCAGCGUAAAAUCAUCCUCACUAAAUCUCAUUCCAAGACCAAAAGCAAUGAAGCUAACGGCAAGAAUCAAGAUCCGAAAUAUUCAACGGAAACAAUCAAGAUGAUGACAUACAGGAACAUACAAGAUUUAAGAGCCGCGGGAAUAAAACUUAAGUCAAGCACGACACGAAGGCCAACAGACAUAGAUUUUUCUGAGGGUUGGUUCGCUGCGAAACUGACUCUUCCUGAGAUUGUUGUGGACGACACUACAACCACUACUUUCCUCAACCUGAUAGCAUAUGAGAUGUGUCCUGAUUUUGAGAAUGACUAUGGAAUAUGUUCUUUUGCAGCUUUCAUGGAUUCACUCAUCGACCAUCCUGAAGAUGUGAAGGAAUUGAGAUCAAAAGAAAUUUUGCUCAAUUCCCUUGGCAGUGAUGAGGAAGUUGCAAAUCUUUUCAAUAUCAUAAGUACAGACUUAGUACCUAACACAAACACAUAUAUUGAAGUUAGAUCCAAAAUACACAAACAUUACCGCAAUACAUGCAAGACAUGGAUAGCAUUGGGUAUUCACACCUAUUUAAACAAUCCUUGGGUCUUUAUCGCCUUCCUAGCCGCCUUUAUUGCACUGGCUCUCACUUUUGUUCAAACAUGGUUUGCCAUUAACCCGACUUGCUAAUAAAGCUAGUUUGUUGCGACACAAGUGGUAUAUACUUGAAUCCUUUGAUCAUUUAGACUAUGCAGUUGUGCGUGGAAGAUAUACUGAUUUGCAAAAAAUAAAUGUAAUAAAAAUAUGUCCAGCGAGUGUUUGUAAUGUAUCAUUCAUAAUAAAUGUCUUAUUGUAAGGUAACUAGUGCACUUCAAUUCUUUAUGGAUUAUGUUGAAUUUUUUUAAAUAAUUUUUUUGGAUAAAAUUGUUGGGU